AUGUUGUCUACUCGAAAUUUGUAUAAAUUCAAAGUCAAUUUUUCCUUUUUAUCUCAGCAGUGCAAGAAAUUCUCGACCACCACGGUUUUGAACAAAAAUGUUAGGACCGCAUGCAAGAAGGUCACGCCGAAUAGGAGUCAGCCUCUAAAUUACGAACAGGCCCAGAAACCGUCUCUAAUUGGUCUGACGAAAAGCUGGAAUUCAUGGAACACAAGCAAUCUAGAUGGAGUUACAGAAUUCACAGCAGAAACAACAUGGGAGGAUGUCUUUAUAAGAAAAUUUGUCACUGGCACCUGGAUAAAUCUGUUUGCCUCUGAAAUUAUCAUAAAACGUCGACAGAACCUUAUUAUAAUAGCAGGAAUUGUUACACAAGAUGCCGUACCACGAAAGAUGUAUUUCUUAAAAGGCUACACUGAAGAACUUUUAUCAUUACUUCUGAAGAGGCCGGUUAAGAUGGAGAUUCAAACAGUGUCAAGCAAAAAAGAUGUCAUCUUCAAAUGGAUUUAA